AUGAAACAAAGUUUCUUGAACAGAUUCACAAGAUCUUCUGGCUUUGCCCCGUCAGGUUGGCCAACAGACGAUGUAGCAGAGAUCGACGCCUCAGCAAAUGAGUUGAAGAAAAUAACAACAGAUGUUAUCAAAAAGCUAGCUCUUUGCAUUCCUUCUCAAUCAUUCUCCGCGUUUCAUACACAGGACGUUACUUCAUUUUCUUUGGAUUCUCUUCAACCUUCUGGCAACAGUAGUUGCAAGCAUUCAACAAAGUCAACUAAAGUAGAAGAUGUUCGUUUUAAAUUAAAUAGUCCAAUUAAUCACAUCGAGUCAAAUGGGUUUUGUGCCGCUUCUAAUGACAAAAAGCCUCAUGAUCUUGAUGUUACCUCUGAUGACGGCAUAAUUUCAUAUGACGUAGCAUCUUCGAAGGAAAAUUCAAGGAAUUUUGAUAUGACAGAUUCGCGAGCAUUCACCAAUAGCAGCUCCCUUGCGUCCAAUCACAAUAGGUUGAUGUCGACUAUUGAUCAACGUCUACGCAACAUUGGUCUCGUGCACAGGGUAUAA